AUGGACCAACGAACACCAGAUUCCGAAAUUGCACCUCAGAUCUCGCAUUCAAUUUUACCUAACAAUCAAACUCUCGCAGAAUUCCUGCGUCAUGACAACAAAGUCAAAGUUGCGGGAGUCGAUUGUGAUGGCAUUCUCCGUGGUAAGAUUAUGUCAGUGGAGAAAUUCCUGUCAACCGCCGAAAAGGGAUUUGGGAUGAGUUCCGCUAUAUUCGGAUGGGACAUGCACGACGAACUGUAUGCCUACGAAACGAACGUGACAUCGUUGCAAUCAGGCUAUGCCGAUUUCACCGCUUUCCCGGACCUAAAAACCUUCAGGCGUGUACCAUGGGAAGAUAACAUUCCCUUUUUCCUGCUACGUUUUGUCUCGAAUGACAAGCCUGUACAUGCAGAUGGCCGCAGCAUGCUGCGAAACAUUUCGCAAAGAUUGGAGUCCAAAGGAUGGCAGGGUCUGGCUGGAGUCGAGCUUGAAUUCAUGAACUUUCAGACACCCUCUCAAGAUGGAUACGAAUCAUCUGCGUCGCAUAAGAAUUUGGGCGCAUUCCUAGCUUCCAAUUCACCAUCGUCCCUCCGGCAAUUGACUUCGGGCAUGUUCGGGUAUAGUGUGUUGCGACCAACGGCGAAUAAGGAUUACUUCUAUAACAUCUUCGACACAAGCAGACAGUUCCGGUGUGAUAUCGAAGGAUGGCAUACCGAGAGUGGACCUGGCGUAUUUGAAGCAGCUUUAGCAAUGAACCAAGUAGCUGAGAUUGCGGAUAGGGUCUCGUUGUUCAAGCUACUUACCAAGUCAGUUGGAAUCGAACACAAUGCCACGCCAUGCUUUAUGGCCAAGCCGAUUCACGGCCUGCCGGGUAAUUCUGGGCAUAUCCAUAUUUCGCUGUGCACUGCAGAUGGUCAGAAUCUGUUUGCUCGUGAAUCCGAAGACACAGGUGCAGCCUGGAGCGAUAUAGCCCACUUGUCUGAUAUAGGUCGCUUUUUCCUCGCUGGCAUCUUGAACGCGCUUCCAGAUAUCAUGCCGCUAUUUGCACCAACAAUCAAUUCAUACAAGCGGCUCGUGGAGAACUAUUGGGCGCCGAUUAAUAUUUCGUGGGGCUUAGAAGAUCGACUUGCCUCAAUCCGGCUCAUUGCACCUCCAGUGAGUAGUGCAAAGGCAACGCGCUUUGAGAUCCGCAUCCCCGGGGCAGAUUUACAUCCACACUAUGCACUUGCUUCCAUUGUCGCAGCUGGCUUGCACGGCAUCGAGCAAAAGCUUGACAUAUUGGUGCCACCAAAUUCAGCGCGACAGGAUACCCCUACCCCCUUGCCGAACACUCUUGAGCAUGCAGUGCAGCGCUUUCGCUCGCCUGCAAGCAUUGCGCGCAAACUGUUCUCGGACGAGUUCGUAGACUUCUUUUCAACGACAAGGGAUCACGAGCUGAAGCUUUGGAGAGAAGCGGUGACUGAUUGGGAGUUCAAGAGGUAUAUCGAGACCGUCUGA